GGGGCGCUCGGGGAGGGGGAGGGAGGCCAUGGCGGCGGGCCCCGGCGGCGGCAGCGGGGCGGCGGCGGGAGGACCGGGCUGGCGGUUGCCGGGGCGAGUGCUGGAGCUAGUGUUCUCCUACCUGGAGCUGCGGGAGCUGAGGAGCUGCGCGCUGGUCUGUAAGCUGUGGCACCGCGUCCUGCACGGCGACGAGAACAGCGAGGUGUGGCGCAGCCUGGCCGCUCGCUGCCUGGCCGAGGAGGCCCUGCGCACCGACAUCCUCUGCAACGUGCCCACCUACAAGGGCAAGGUCCGUGCCUUCCACCACGCCUUCAGCACCAACGACUGCUCGCGGAACGUCUACAUCAAGAAGAACGGCUUCACGUUGCACCGCAACCCCAUCGCCCAGAGCACGGACGGGGCCAGGACCAAGAUCGGCUUCAGCGAGGGCCGCCACGCCUGGGAGGUGUGGUGGGAAGGCCCUCUGGGCACCGUGGCCGUCAUCGGCAUCGCCACCAAGAGGGCAGCCAUGCAGUGCCAGGGUUACGUGGCUCUGUUGGGGAGCGACGACCAGAGCUGGGGCUGGAACCUGGUGGACAAUAACUUGCUGCAUAACGGAGAGGUGAACGGCAGUUUCCCCCAGUGCAAUAACGCACCCAAAUACCAGAUAGGUGAAAGGAUCCGAGUUAUCCUGGACAUGGAAGACAAAACACUAGCAUUUGAGAGGGGAUAUGAAUUCUUGGGAGUUGCCUUCAGAGGACUGCCAAAAGUUUGCCUGUAUCCAGCAGUGUCUGCUGUUUAUGGUAACACAGAAGUGACUUUGGUCUACCUGGGAAAACCUCUGGAUGGAUGAUGUGAAUUGUUUCACUGGGACAUCAAGAUGUGGAUGAUUAGGAGGAGAAAUCUGCAUGUUGGUUAGAGGGAAACAUGUAUUAAAGGAAGAAACAAAAAAGUAUGGGCGUGUGUCCAAGAACUAUCCAGAGCCACAUGAACGGAGGACCAGCCAUACUUCAGGAAUUAUGUUACAUUUCCUUUCUACCAGGCCAGAAAAAUCCUCAGGGUUGCAGUUGGUUGAGUGGGAAGCUGACACAUGCAUGUUGCAACAGAUUUCAUUGCUGAGAUGGCAGUGUGUGACCUCAAAUGUUAAACAAGAGGAUUUGAUACAAAACUGCUUGAGGAAUUUAACCCGAGAUUUGUAAGUAGUGUGUUUUGUGAAAGACUCCCAUUUUGAAACUGUUCCUUCCUUCCUUUGGGCCAGCCUGUGUGCCAGAGGAGAAUGGGUCUGUCUGGGUUUUAGUUACAGUUUUUAGCCUGCUGAGAAGGCUGCUCUGUCUGGGCUGCUCUUCUCUAUAAUGACACGAAAUGCGUGCAGCUACUUUCAAGUGUGUUUUAACGAGUCCUAUAUAUAGAACACGUUGAAAAGAACCAUUAGAAAGAAAGGGUUUGCUUUAUUCUAACUGGCACAUCAUUUCAUCAAGGGGAAAAAAAAACCCUCCCACUAUGAGACAUCAGAAAACACACCUCAGACUGGUAUACAAUACUCAUGUAAGUGUACUUCUGUUGUAUUGUAAAGAAUUCUGGAAUGCUCUUGUGGAGUAUGGUGCUACACUGGGUCAUUUCCUCUGAAAGUUUCCAUAGUUUCAGCAACAGUUUUUGGUUUUCUGUGGGAAACAAACUUUUUUUUUCCCCCCCCCACCAAUUUUCUUUCAUCAAAAUUUGUGGUCCCCUUUACUAAAGGAAGCCACAGCACAGUGGUGGGCUUCUCUGCCUUUUGACAGCUAAACUGCUAACUUUUGAAAGCAUUCUUACACUUUCUAAUCACUACUGCAGAGUGUUUCAAAGUAAUGAGGAAGGAGCAUUCAGUUUGUGAAUCCAGACCUUGCUGUUUUCAGAUUAAAUGGCUUUAUAAGUCCUUAAGACUUGGCUGAACCUUUCUUUAGUUAAAUACAGUCCCUCAGUACCCAAGCAUUCACCUGCUCAUUUUCAGUGUCAUUGUCAGACAACUAAAACUCACCAACCCUUUGGUGGGGAUUCUGGAUCAGGUUCAGUGUUUGGGCUUUUCACUUGUAUCAGCUUUCUGAAAGCCAUGUGCCAACCUCUCUGGGGUGUCAGUGAGCUGGUGUGGACAGGCUGGAGUGUCUCUGAAGCUGGGAGAUUUGGUAAGGAGGGACUUGUCUGGUGAAACUGAAUUCCUCUGAGAUUAAAAGUUCUGUAGGGGAACCCCAGCUCCUUUCAAUGGGGCAUUAAAAUCCGUAAGCCCUGCUGCUAGCUCUUGACUCUGGUUUCUGGUUAGUUGGUGCCUCCCAGAGCUGAAUUAGUUCACAGCUGGGAGAAGGAGAUGUUUGUAACAAGCUCUUUUUGCUUCAUCUGCGCUACAGAAUGUGAAUUGCUUAAUACUGGACACUGGCAGCAUGGAAGAGAGAGGAAUUCCUCCUAAGCUGCUGCUCAUUUCCCUCCCCAGUACUUGAGUCGUGGGAGGAGAGCAGUGCAAGCAGGCGAGUGAAGCUGCUGGGCUGUUGCUGAGAAGCUCUCCUGGGAGUGCUUUUUCCCUGGUAGAUAACCAGGUUCUGCAAUGGAACAGAGUGUGUACAUCAUUACCAUUUGAAAUGAUUUUCAAGUAUUUAUUUGUUUUGUGUGUUGAUUAUUGCUUGAAGGCAACAUUGAGGUCUGUUCCUCUUGGCUACAAAAUACUCAGUGAGAGGAUGGAGGUGUUUUAAUGGUGCUGAGAACAACGAGUGAACUUGGGGGGGGUGCAUACGAGUGUGUGUUGGAGGAAUCUGUUACAAGCAUUGAUUGUAGUAGACUGUACAGUAUUUAUCUGCAUAGCAGAGCUGAGAGGCAUGAAGUAGAGGUAAAAAAGGAACUAAAACUCUGUCCAAUUUCAGACAAUGAAGUUUUCCCCAAAUGAAUGUAUUCUCAGUGCAGCCCUGAAAGAUGUGACCUCUGUGCUUGUUCAUGGAUCCAAUUAGAUGCAAGUAAACCCUGAGAACUACCGAAGAGUUUUAUGCACAAAUUAAGUUUGAUUCUUCAGAUUGCAUCUUAACCCUAUAAAUAAUUCCCCCCCGAAUUAGAAGUGCUGAAAGUUGAACAUUCCUUAAGGGUGGGUCUGGCGGGGGGGGACUCACUUAUGUAAGAUUCUAACUUAUUCCUGGAGACCAAUGCUGGCUGUACAAAAUAUUAAAAAUAAACUCUGCUAUAAUUAAAAAAAAAGAA